AAUGAAGGCUACUCAGCCUUUGCUAUGUCGCGCUGUCUCAGCCAUACGCCCUUUGACUCGCACAACAUGGAUGGCAAAGCGAAGAAGCAUCUCAAUAGUACCGCCCCCAUGGCGUCCAGCCUCUGUAUUGGACAAGUACGAAAUUAUGCAAUCUUGUAUCUUUCUCAUGCUGACCCGCUUCUGUAGAUGGGUUGAACGAGAAGCGAGGCCUAUCAGUUUACGACAGCUUACCUUCUUUGGUCGACUUCUCACCGACACUCGAUUACUUGGAUCUGCGAACUAUGUUCGGCUUGAAUUACCCACCAGAAUUGCACACAGAAUCCGCGAUAUGCAAACAUUACCCUACGCCGCCCUAGUAAAUCCUCACAUCAGCCAUGUCUACGAAUUAUACUACUCAGCCUUCGAAAAGCUACGGAAGGUCCCUGAGAUAAGAACCCUAGAAGACAACGACAGAUUCUGUGAUGUUGUUCGCGAACAACUGAGAGAUCACCUAAGUGUGAUUCCAAGACUUGCUAUGGGCGUGCUAGAAAUCUCCGAAUCCAUACCAAGCGAGCAGUGCGACAAGUUGGUAAACUCGUUGUUGAGGUCAAGGAUCAGUCGACGAGUGAUUGCUGAGCAGCAUUGUGCUCUGACAAAAGCAUAUCAUUCUCCAGAUCACCUUCCUCCAGCAGCAAAACUCCACCCCGAACAUGGCGAUGAUUUCGUCGGCGAGAUCUUCCUUCGAUGCAACGCAAAGGAAAUCGUCCAAGAAUGCGCCGACACGAUAGGCAAUCUUGCCAAACAGGCAUAUGGUUCCGAUGUGAGGUUACCUGAAGUCAUCAUUCAAGGUGCCGAAGACAUCGUCUUUCCCUACAUCCCCAGCCAUCUGGAAUACAUCAUCGGCGAGCUAUUGCGAAACUCCUUCCAGGCAACAGUCGAGCGACACGGCUCCAAGCCUCCGCCAAUCGAAGUAUUGAUAUGUGAGGCUGCACAACACGUCAUCAUCCGGGUAUCAGACCAAGGCGGCGGCAUCGACCGCGAAAGUCUUCCAAACCUCUGGUCAUUCAGCAAAGGACCAGAACGCAACCGACGUCUACGAAACCUCGAGCAAGUCCCUAAACUAGCAGCCACCCUCCAAGACCUCAAAGUUCCUGAACCAGACUCCCCAAACCAGAAGCGCGAUGCGAAACAGACUCGCUUCGAUCACUCUUUGGGAUCUCUGUCUGGUAGACAUCCCGAUCUUCGUCUGGGGAUUGGGUUGCCUAUGAGUCGUAUCUUUGCCGAAUAUUGGGCUGGUAGCCUAGAAGUUCAUAAUCUGGAAGGCUAUGGUGUUGACGCUUUCCUCCAGAUCAGCAAGCUUGGAAACAAGAACGAGACUUUGAGCACCAGAACCAGUAUGGACGCUCUC